AUGGCCGACGAGGACUCCACCGAACAGACAUCUUUACAGAUUGACCCAGACACGGAGGAAGAAACCCCGGAACCAAAAACACGCCGGGAAAAGCUGGGGGUUUUCCUGCAGAGUAACCCGGUACAGUAUGGCAUAUUGGCCCUUGUCAUCAUCGACGUGGUUAUAGUCAUUCUGGAGAUACUCAUCGACUUUGAGAUGAUUGUCAUUCCAGAAAAUGAAGACACGUCACUUUCUGUGACUGGGUCCAGCAGUUAUUUCAACAACAGCACUGUAUUUGACGCUUACCACGUUACGACUUCCGCUUAUCAUAUGGAACCCCAUGCUCUGAAAGCCGAACACGACCAAUCAAAUCACGAGAUUCAUCAUGACGUCCAUUCACCUCAACAUGACUAUGGAUUAUCCAAUCAUAGCGACCAUUACAACUCAUCGGAUCACCAUGACGAUCACGGUGGCCACCAUGGAAGCGGUCAUCACCACAGCAAUAAGGAAACUGUGGAACAUAUAUUACACUACAGUAGUUUAACAAUAUUGGCCAUCUUUGUAGUUGAGGUGUUUUGUAAAUUAAUUGCAGAAGGUCUGCAUUUUUUCAAACAUAAAGCCGAGGUUUUUGACGCCACGAUUGUGCUUGUCUCGUUUUCCAUGGAUAUAGCUUUUUCAUUCGUCACUGUGACGUCAGCAGCUCGUGAUGCCACCGGGCUCAUGGUCGUAUUACGGCUGUGGAGGGUUACUCGCAUCAUAAAUGGAGUGAUUAUGUCCGUUAAAAAGGACGCAGACAAAAAGAUCAACGAGCAGAAAGCGGCAAGAGUAAAAGCAGAGGAGGAAGUAGAACGUAUGCGUGGACGGAUCGAAACGCUUCAGAAAGAGGUUAACACUUUAAAAAAGAAGCUAAAAAAUCAUGAGCCGAGUACUAAUAGCUGUAACCCUGGGUCGGCCGGGUCUACUAACGACAGGGAGUGUAACAGUUCUAGAGAUAGCCCAGAUGACCGGUAACGAAGACUCAGCUGUGUUUAGCAAUCCUUUUCUAAUAAUCGGCGACAUUCACCGGUGGAUUUGCCUCUCGUGCUGAGAAAGUCACCGACUUCUGUGGCUUCCUGAAUGUGAUAGUGUGUACACAAGUUCCACUGGGAAGCCCUGUCCCUGCGUGGGAAACCCCACAGAAAUGGCAGACUGUGAUUAAAACUUGGAUGAUGCCAUUUCUGUGGUGGAAAUGAUUCAUAUCCGUUCAAAGUGAGUUAACGACGAUGUAAGCAGCUGAACCAGCAACACUGUUUCUAUUCCAAAAGAAAAAACUGUUUGGCAAUGACUAAUCAGCUAAUUGUGGUGAAGUCUUAAAAUAACACAACGCCUUGGGAUAGUGUGGUGCGUUUCAUUCUGGUGUGUGGCCUGGAAUCAGGUACAUAAUUUAGACACAGAACCUUGACAUAGAAUUUCUGCUUCACUGUGUUAUGAAAGCAGAGCAACGACUGAGGGUUGAGUUUUCUCUUAACACUCUCAGAUAUACCUGCUGCUUUGGCUGAAAGGCGCUCCCUGUCCACUAUUGUCGUGAGGCAGGUUAUACUAAGUUUCGUGUAUAAAUAUCAUAACUCGCUAUGUUUAAUACGAAUUAUGAAAGAGACCACACCGGAUUACAGCAGUAUUUAUUGUUGACAACAUUCCAUUACUAAGGAAAGAUGACGACCAAAAACAUUGUCUUUGUAUCUUUUUUGACGUUCAUCAUCUGUAACAAAUUCAAGGACACUUGAUUACCAAAGCAAAUAUUAUGAUAGGAGCUUGGGAUACUUUUCUCAUGGGGUUAGUACUUUACAUCAGCUUUAUAGGCUGUCUGUGUAAUUAAGAUGAUGUAUAAAUGAUCAACUGUGACAUAGAAUGUGUUUCCAUCCAAGAAAUAAGCAAGGACGAAUCUUAACGGAAAGGGCAUAUAAAUAUCGUCU